AUGGGUAUUGAUCUUGUCGCUGGUGGCAAGGUCGUUGGUAAGAAGAACCGCACGAACCCAAAGUCAGACAAUGUGUACCUGAACCUACUAGUGCGCCUGUAUCGCUUUCUGGCCCGUCGUACUGACGCCAAAUUCAACGACAUUGUGCUUCGUCGUCUCUACCAGAGCAACACUAAUCAGGCUCCUCUCUCCCUGGGCAAAGUUGUUCGCUUCAUGAAGAAGCACGAAGGAAAGAUCGCUGUCGUGGUUGCCACAGUCACGGAUGAUAUUCGUCUCCUGAAUGUCCCUAAGCUCACAGUUGUUGCCUUGAACUUCACCGAGACAGCUCGUGCUCGCAUUGUAAAAGCUGGUGGUGAAUGCCUAAGCUUUGACCAGUUGGCUAUGCGUGCUCCUACGGGUACCAACACUGUGCUCCUUCGUGGUGCUCGCAAGGCCCGCGGCGUGUACGCACACUUUGGUCACAAAUCGACGCUCGAGUCGGUGCACACGCACGACCACGUUAAGCCAUAUGUUCGCAGCAAGGGCCGAAAGUUUGAGCGUGCUCGUGGCCGCAGGAAAUCGCGUGGUUUCAAGGUGUAG